GCGCAGGCGCGGACUGUCCCGCGGCGGGCGCCUGUCUGCGGGGCUCCCGCCUGCUUUCGGGGCGGGUUCGCCCUGCUUGGCGGGCGAGCAGUGGCCGAGGUCGGACGCCCUCAGGGUGGCCUUCGCGUCGUGACAGCCGUGCCGACUCCCUUCCCCGGGGCGACCGCGACUUGUUGGAGAUCUGAUGGCCAAAAGAAAGGAAGAAAAUUUCUGCUCUCCUGAAAAUGCUAAAAGGCCAAGACAAGAACUGGAAGAUUUUGAUAAAGAUGGAGAUGAAGAUGAAUGUACAAUUUCUUUCACUAACGGAACCUCUACUUUGACUGCAGCAGAAGUUGGAAUCAUUGAGAGUAUUCAGCUGAGAAACUUCAUGUGCCACUCAAUGCUUGGACCUUUUAAAUUUGGUUCUAAUGUCAACUUCGUUGUUGGCAACAAUGGAAGUGGAAAGAGUGCUGUACUCACCGCUCUCAUAGUUGGCCUUGGUGGAAAAGCAGUUGCUACUAAUAGAGGAUCCUCUUUAAAAGGUUUUGUGAAAGCUGGACAGAACUCAGCAGACAUCUCAAUAACGUUACGGAACAGAGGAGAUGAUGCCUUCCGGGCAAAUGUGUACGGCGACUCUAUAGUUGUGCAGCAACACAUUAGUGUAGAUGGAAGUCGGUCUUACAAACUAAAAAGUGAAAAAGGCACCGUGGUUUCUACCAGGAAAGAAGAGCUGAUUGCAAUUCUUGACCAUUUUAACAUCCAGGUGGACAACCCAGUUUCUGUUUUAACACAAGAGAUGAGUAAGCAGUUCUUACAAUCCAAAAAUGAGGGAGACAAAUACAAAUUCUUCAUGAAAGCAACCCAGCUUGAGCAGAUGAAGGAAGAUUAUUCAUAUAUUAUGGAAACAAAAGAAAGAACAAAGGAACAGAUAAAUCAAGGAGAAGAGCGACUUACUGAACUAAAGCGGCAAUGUUUGGAGAAAGAGGAACGUUUUCAAAAUAUUGCUGGUUUAAGUACAAUGAAGACCAAUUUAGAAUAUCUGAAACAUGAAAUGGCUUGGGCAGUGGUUAAUGAAAUUGAAAAACAGUUGAAUGCUAUUCGAGAUAAUAUCAAAAUUGGUGAAGAACGUGCUGCCAAACUUGACAGGAAAAUGGAAGAGCAGCAGGUCAGACUUAAUGAUGCAGAAAGAAAGUACAAAGAUAUUCAAGAUAAACUAGAAAAAAUCAGCGAAGAGACAAAUGCACGGGCACCAGAAUGUUUGGCAUUGAAAACAGAUGUCAUUGCACGGACAAGAGCCUUUAAUGAUGCUGAGGUUUUGUAUAACCGUUCCCUAAAUGAAUAUAAAGCAUUAAAGAAAGAUGAUGAGCAGCUUUGUAAAAGAAUUGAAGAGCUAAAGAAAAGCACUGAUCAGUCGUUGGAGCCAGAGCGCUUGGAAAGGCAAAGAAGGAUCUGUUGGUUGAAAGAGAAAGUACAGGCCUUACAGGACCAGGAAAGUGCCGUCAAUCAGGAGGCAGCACAGUUCGAACAAGCUAUAGAAAAGGACAAACAAGAACAUGUUCGAAUUAAGAGAGAAGAUUUAGAUGUGAGGCAUACAUUGAGUUAUAAUCAGAGACAAUUGAAAGAACUGAAAGAUAGUAAAACUGAUCGACUAAAAAGAUUUGGUCCUCAUGUUCCAGCUCUUCUGGAAGCUAUAGAUGAUGCUUACAGACGGAGACAAUUUACUCAUAAACCUAUUGGCCCUUUAGGUGCUUGCAUUCAUCUGCGGGACCCCGAGCUUGCUUUGGCCAUUGAAUCUUGCUUAAAAGGACUUCUGCAAGCCUAUUGUUGCCAUAAUCACGCUGAUGAGAGAGUACUUCAGUCAUUGAUGAAAAAAUUUUAUCCACCAGGGACCUCUCGGCCACAGAUAAUCGUUUCUGAAUUUCGGAAUGAGGUAUAUGAUGUGAGACUCAGAGCUGCUUACCAUCCAGAGUUUCCAACUGUUCUGACAGCUUUAGAAAUAGACAAUGCUGUUGUUGCAAAUAGCCUGAUUGACAUGCGGAGCAUCGAGACUGUGCUGCUAAUCAAAAAUAAUUCUGUAGCUCGUGCAGUCAUGCAGUCCCAAAAGCCACCAAAGAAUUGUAGAGAAGCUUUUACAGCUGAUGGUGAUCAAGUUUUUGCAGGACGUUACUAUUCAUCUGAAAGCACAAGACCCAAGUUUCUAAGCAGAGAUGUGGAUUCUGAAAUCAGUGAUUUGGAGACUGAGAUUGAAAAUAAAAAGGCCCACAUAACAAAUCUUCAACACCAUCUCUCUGCCUUAGAGAAGGAUAUUAAAAGAAAUGAAGAACUUCUUAAAAGGUGCCAGCUACAUUAUAAAGAAAUAAAGAUGAAAAUAAGAAAAAAUAUUUCUGAAAUUCGGGAACUUGAGAAUAUAGAAGAACACCAGUCUGUAGAUAUUGCGACCUUGGAAGAUGAAGCUGAGGAAAAUAAAAUAAAAAUGCAGAUGGUUGAGAAAAAUAUGGAGCAACAAAAAGAAAACAUGGAGAAUCUUAAAAGUCUAAAAAUUGAAGCAGAAAACAAGUAUGAUACAAUUAAAUUGAAAAUUAAUCAGCUGUCAGAGCUAGCAGAUCCGCUUAAGGAUGAAUUAAAUCUUGCUGAUUCUGAAGUGGAUAGCCAGAAACGAGGAAAGCAGCAUUAUGAAGAUAAACAGAAAGAACAUUUGGAUACCUUAAAUAAAAAGAGAAGAGAACUUGACAUGAAGGAAAAGGAGCUACAGGAGAAAAUGUCACAAGCAAGACAGAUCUGCCCAGAACGGAUAGAAGUAAAAAAAUCUGCAUCAAUUCUAGACAAAGAAAUUAAUCGAUUAAGACAAAAAAUACAGGCAGAACAUGCUAGUCAUGGAGAUCGGGAAGAAAUAAUGAAGCAGUACCAGGAAGCAAGAGAAACCUAUCUUGAUUUGGAUAAUAAAGUAAGGACUUUAAGGAGGUUCAUUAAAUUACUAGAAGAAAUAAUGACUCACAGGUACAAAACAUACCAGCAGUUUAGAAGGUGUUUGACAUUGCGCUGCAAAUUGUACUUUGACAACUUACUGUCUCAACGGGCUUAUUGUGGAAAAAUGAAUUUCGAUCACAAGAAUGAAACUCUUAGUAUAUCAGUUCAGCCUGGAGAGGGAAAUAAAGCUUCCUUCAAUGACAUGCGUGCUUUGUCCGGCGGUGAACGUUCUUUCUCCACAGUAUGCUUCAUUCUUUCCCUGUGGUCCAUUGCCGAAUCACCUUUCAGAUGCCUGGAUGAGUUUGAUGUCUACAUGGAUAUGGUUAAUAGGAGAAUUGCAAUGGACAUGAUACUUAAGAUGGCAGAUUCCCAGCGUUUUAGACAAUUUAUCUUGCUUACCCCUCAAAGCAUGAGCUCACUUCCUUCAAGUAAACUGAUUAGAAUUCUUCGAAUGUCUGAUCCUGAAAGAGGGCAAACCACAUUGCCUUUCCGACCUGUGACUCAAGAGGAAGAUGACAACACAAGUUGACAACUUAGUGCCUUGCCCUCAUGCUGAAAAGUUGUGAGGGAUCUGGACUGGCAGAUGAAAUAGAAUGAAACUAGAGAGAUUCUGAAAUGGAAGAGGCAGGCUUCUUUAAUCUGACCUAUCGAUUGUGUAAAGCCUAGAAAACCAGCCGCUGCCAAUAGUUACUACUGCUUUCCUUGUGAAAACCAAUUUCAUAAUACCGGUUUUAAACAUUUUUAAGUUUGCUUGCUUUGGAGUUUCUGUGUUUUAUUUGUUUUUACCAUCUACUUUUAUAAAUUUUUUCAGGAGUAAAAUUUUGUACAUAUGUACAUGUACAUAUCUGUUCAGUUUGGGUUCAUUUCUAUAGUAUUUUGUAAGAAUUAAAAUAAAAGUUUGAGCACCCGA